CAGGAGUGGCGAGUCGUAUAUUAAAGCUCUAGCGUCGUGUUGAACCGGUUCGGAAGGAUUUUAUAGGAGGAACGGAAUGUUAUUAAUACAUGUUAUCGAUGUAGAACGAAUUCUAUACAAGUCCAUAAACAUAGUGAACUAGAGGUUUAGUGAUUUCGGCUAGCAGUAGAGGUGGCACUUUUUCUUUCGGUGAUGUGAUGAGUGUGCAGUUACCAUACAUUUAUCUCAUAAACAAAAUAGUGACAGAACGUUACGUGAUUCGGUUCUAUGUAGACUUUUCGUUUCGGAAAUAUUGUGUUUAGUUAGAAUUAGACAUUCCCUGGUUUAUUUUUGUGCAAGUGCUUGCUCGUAGCCUGUUGAACAGUCUUUGAAAAACUGACUAGUGACUCGUGAAAACUCAAAUUAAAAGGUUAAUCAGGGCGAAUCGAUUCCCUGUUUAACACCAAGUAAAUGUCGGAUACAAAAGGAUUUUUCAUCACCAAUGCCAAGUGUUAGUUUUUUUGACAAACAUCAGAAAAUGUUCCAAGAUCUCACGUAAACUGUUCUUCUUUUGGGGGGCCUCAGGACGAAAACGCAAAAUGCCCACAAUGCUUUCAACAUUAGAAGAGGAAGCCAGUAAUUUCGACGGCUUCCCUUCGCACGUUGACACUACUGCAAUUACUGUGGUACCCCCAAGUCCACCAAAAAAGCCGCUCAAAACAUUUGCCGAUAUACAGAUAUUGGUCCAUCAGGGCCGGAAGCAAGAUGUUAAAAACAUCAUAAGAAACAACAACUGGCCCGUAAACGACCCGAUAAGGGGACACCUUUGGCCAGUUUUAUGUUCUCAGCACAUGAACAAUAGUAAAUCCAUGGAUGGAUUCUAUUGGGACAUGGUUAAACAAGUAUUUGGAACCAAUGAGCUGUCUGACAAACCUGUAUCAUUACCGCCUUUUGUCGAACCGUCUCAUUGUCAUUCGUACUUUUUGACUCAUCGUGGAAGAUGUAUUGCUGACAGAGUUGUGUCUGUGCUCGGUUAUUCCUGUCCUGACAUUGUCUACAGCCCGACGAUUUAUCCAAUCUGUGCCAUCCUCCUUCACUUCAUGUCAGGUAAGCUUUACUUUAUUCUCUCAUUGUUUCUGUUUACUUAUAUUAUCCAAAAAUAACCGAUACUUCAAAGU